AAAGCUAUCAGAGCGUAUAUACAUUUGGGAACUACGCGCAUCUAACGUUUAAAUAUUAUCUACAGUUUCCACACUGAAAAGAGAACCAUAACCACAUCCAGGGAUAUUUCAAUAUGGGAGACAGCAGGACUCCAAUUGCAGAUCCAGCGAUCAAGUUCACACAGAUCUUUAUCAACAAUGAGUUCGUGAACUCUGUCAGUGGCAAAACAUUUGCUACCUGCAAUCCAUGCUCGGGAGAAACCAUUGCACAGAUACAAGAAGGGGAUAAGGAUGACGUAGAUAAUGCAGUCAAGGCAGCAAGAGCUGCUUUCCAGCUCGGGUCGCCAUGGCGACGGAUGGACGCUUCAGAAAGAGGCCGUUUAUUGUACAAACUAGCAGAUGCGCUAGAGAGAGACUUCGCAUACCUGGCGAGCCUUGAGGUAUUGGACAAUGGAAAACCUUUUUCGGCAGCUACAUCUUUUGACCUGACAUUUGGCAUAAAGUGUAUGCGCUACUACGCCGGUUGGGCUGAUAAGAAUGUCGGACAAACCAUUCCAGCAGACGGUGACUUCUUCCUUUACACGCGUCAUGAACCCAUUGGAGUGUGUGGCCAAAUUGUUGCCUGGAAUUUUCCAUUAUUGUUGGUGAUAUGGAAGAUUGCUCCUGCUCUGGCGUGUGGGAAUACGGUUGUCGUGAAGCCGGCCGAACAGACGCCCCUCAGUGCCCUCUAUCUAGGCUCCCUCAUAAAAGAGGUGGGUUUCCCGCCAGGAGUUGUAAACAUAGUCCCUGGGUAUGGCCCAACCGCCGGUGCAGCUCUCUCCGAACACAUGGAUGUUGACAAAAUCGCGUUUACUGGCUCAAGUGAAGUUGGAAAACUCAUCAUGGCAGCAGUCGCUAAGUCUAACUUAAAGAAAGUGUCGUUGGAACUGGGCGGAAAGAGCCCCAAUAUAAUAUUUGCAGACGCCGAUAUGGCGAGUGCUGUUGAGUGGGCCCAUCAGGGAGUGUGCUUCAACAGCGGCCAGGUUUGUUGUGCAGGAAGCAGGACAUACGUUCAGGAGGAGAUAUAUGAUGAGUUCAUCAAGAGAUCUGUUGAGAGGGCCAAGUCAAGGAAGAUCGGUAACCCCUUAGACGCUGAUACAGAGUCCGGGCCGCAGAUCAACAAAGAGCAAUUGGACAAGAUCCUGGGUUUGAUUAAGAGCGGGCAAGAAGAGGGGGCCAAACUUCACUGUGGAGGAAAACAGAUCGGAGACAAAGGAUUCUUUGUUGAAAAUACCGUCUUUUCUGACGUCACUGAUAACAUGAGGAUUGCAAAGGAAGAGAUAUUUGGACCCGUGAUGCAAAUAAUAAAAUUCAAAGACAUAGAAGAGGUGAUCCCGAGAGCCAAUAACACUGCAUAUGGAUUGGCAGCUGCCGUGUUUACAAGUGACAUCAACAAAGCAAUAAUGCUUUCCAACAGUGUAAGGGCAGGGACAGUCUGGGUGAACUGCUAUAAUGCCUUCCAAGCUAAUGGUCCAUUUGGAGGAUUCAAGGAGUCCGGGACUGGACGAGAACUGGGUAGCUAUGCUCUCCAAGACUACUCUGAGGUGAAGACUGUUAUGAUACGCAUACCUGAGAAAAACUCCUAAGAAUAUGAUUUUCUGAUUUAGUCAACAUGGUGAACACAUAAACAAUAAUGCUGGUUGAGAGAUGGAUUGAACAAAAAUCGGGGGACUUAAACAUCGCCAGGCUUGCCUAGAAUAUAACAAACUUUAUAUUGAUAUAUUACACUCACCUUUAG